CGGCCCCGCCGGCAACCGCGCCCCCUACCCGAAAUAGCGCGGGGCGGAGUCUGCACGGCCAUGGCGAGGCAACCUGCAAAGACGCUGUGGUACGACCGCCCGCGGUACGUGUACCUGGAGUUUUGUGUCGAGGACAGCAGAGACGUGAAGGUCGUCAUCGAGGACCAGCGGCUGGUGUUCAGUUGCAAAAAUGCAGACGGUGUGGAGUUCUACAACGAGAUCAACCUAUAUGCCAGAGUCAACUCCAAGGACUCACGGGAGAAGCGCUCUGACCGGUCCAUCACAUGCUUUAUGAGGAAGUGGAAGGAGAAAGUGGCCUGGCCACGCAUCACCAAGGAGAACAUCAAGCCGGCCUGGCUCUCUGUGGACUUUGAUAACUGGCGAGACUGGGAAGGUGAUGAGGAGGUGGAGAGGGCCAUGGUGGAGCAGUACGCAGACCUGUUUGUUUCCCAUCCAGAUGCUGGAGAAGGUGACAGACAAAGGCCCCCCGCCAGCCAUGGAUGACCUGGAUGACGACUGAAGUCCGGGCUCCCGGGGAUGCCGCGGCUGCAGGAGCCUCCCGACGCGCCGGUAGCACGCACCGAUGGACAGGCAGCGCGGGGAGGGUUUUCCGAGAGACCAGAGCUGCCUCAGCUUGUGCCCGCUUGUGCAGCGCACCCGCCCCCGGGCGGCAGAAGCAGUCCGGUCUGCCGUGCCCGGUUACCCGCGCGGGGCAUGGGGCAAUAAACGUGUACUGCCGCA